CGCCAGCCUCGUUUGAUGUCACUUUCGUCUUAGAGCCAAUCAGGACAUAAUCGAGCGAUGGCUUGAUCCCGUCAAACCGCCGUCUUUGUUUCUCGCCCACCUGGUCAACACGAGUGUAAACGCCAGCUGCGACAGGAAAGCUCCUUAUAAACAUGGGCAAGAUUGCCGCAUGGGCGCACGAAAUAAGCCUCGCCAAGGAUGUGCUAAGAACGAAACCAACAUACAGUCCGCGAAGAUCAAGCUUUCAAAUGUUUUGUUAACGUCACGACUUUAGUAGAACGAGAGCCAAGCGAUUCUCCAUCUGCCACCGCGAUGGUCUCCGACCCCGCGAGCGUCGGCUGAACUGCUUCUUUGUGUGCGACAUCCCGCUCGACUGCUCGCUCUAUGAUUGACCACAAGCUACCGUCGCAUGAGGAGGUCAAGAGCGAUGGUUUAGUCACCGUACGGUCCCACAUAUUCUAGUAUCAGGUCAACCUGAACCAGUUGGAACAUCAUGAUCUCCACACCCCCAGUCAGCGAUCCACCCUGCCCUGGUGCCUUCAUAAACACCAGGCCAUACUCGGUCGACGUACGGGAAUAACAGCGUUGGCGACAUUAGCUCCUUUCUGAAUAUUAGUCUCUGUCGCAAGGUUACAACGAAAUUCAAGACCUCUUCCUCUCCGCUCGAGUUUCAAGACCUCAAACCAAGAAACAAUAUUGACAUGCUGGGUUCUUUUUGCCCUUGGUAAUGAGCUGAAGCCCUUUGUCGCCGUAUGGUUCUAUUUAUCUUCAGCAGUUCCCGUUCUGUCAUGGACAUCUCUAUCAACAUUCUCUUCUUCGUGAACUGGUUUUCUAUCCCUUCUGACCGCUUGCGGUGUAUAUUCUUUCCAUUCAUUCCUUAAGUGGUUGCUGCUCUACUGCUGGACAGUCUUUCAUUAACACUUUGGACAUUGAUCAAGAGCCAAUCGCUUUCUCCUCAAACGCACAUUUUACCAACGAUGCUUUACAUUGCUUACAUUCUCCCAGCCUUGGCUGCUUCCGUCUUGGCCAAGAGCAGCGGUAAUGGAAACAACAAUAACAACAACGGAGGGAAGGGAAGUGCAGGCGGCGUGACCGUUCAGGCAUCCCGGCAGAUAACCUCCCUCAAUCAGCUGAGCAUAGCGUCUGGACAGAGCGGUGGAGCAAACAACGCAGGAGCACAGGGCACCACGGGCGCCAACGGACUGAAGCAACUCAACAAUCCGCAGUUGGGCAAUCUGGUUCCCAACUUUGACGCGACGACGAACAAAGGCACGUUCGGGCCGUUCCAGCCAGUGUCAUCGGCUCUGCCGGCUGCCACCGGGGCGCCAAGCGCGGGUUCUCUCGACAGCUCGACUGCGCAGGCGGUCCAGGCCGCGUGCGACAACUGGUCCUUCAACACGGCGCAGGUGUCCAACUUCCUGAACACCGGUCACAGCCUGAACGGCACCGAGUUCAACCAGGCCGCCAACCUGGCGUACAACGCCGAGGUGAAUGAGCUGCAGCACAUGGCGAUUCUGAUGUCCGUCAUAGGCAACAGCCCGGACGUCUCGAUUGCCAACCAGACGUUGCUGAACGGCGUGUUCCAGUCCGUCGUCAACAACCUGCAGAUCAUGGCCGACCAGGGCCAAUCGACGGCCUCCUUGAUCGACGUCAUCAACAACGUCCGUUGCACCCAGAUCUUGCCGUCGAUUGACACGUAUCUGGCCGUUGGAGCCAGCACCAUCGGCUCCAGCGCCACCCUUCGAACAGCUAUCCGCCCCAACGCUUGUGCGAGCAUCGUGUCCAGCGCUUCCGCAAAUCAGUUCCCGGGCAAUCUUCAGGCCGUGAACGUGAGGGGUAACACUGACCAAGUCACCUCAAAGGCGCCACAGGCCAACCCAGACGUUGGAUCCGUGUCAGCACAGUUCAACAUUACCCAGCAAGCCGCCUCGAGCUCUGGAAACGCGGCGGCGGCGAAGAGUGGGAAAGGCCGCAACGGUCGACGCACGCUCCACUUCCACGCCUAGAGCGAGAGCGGAACUCACGUCGCAAGCCCAAUAAACCGGGAAAGUCUCCAAUUCCUUCCCUUUUUUUUUCAUUUCCUUUCCUUUCGUUCCCUUCUAGGACGAGGAGGUGUGGAGGGUCGUCUCGUUUUGAGUUGGAAACACUUCUCUGGAGAUUGACAACGUUGGAAAAACUGUGAGAAAAGGCGCGCGACGGGGGUUUGUGAGAUCGGUUGCGAUCGUUCUAGAGUGGACGAGGCGGCGGAGCCCCCGCCUGCGGACCUGAAG